CACUCAGCAAUAAAGGCUAAAACACAAAACAGCAACUGAUUUGGAGUCAGAAAUCACCACAUCCAUUUUAAGAAAGAGGAAUAGAAAAAUAAAAAAUUCCCUUCGUUCAGCGAUUUAUUUCUUCGCCUUUUUCGUCUUCGCCUUCAUCAAAGUCUCGUUGAAGGGAGAUAAUAUUUAAUUAACAUACAAAUUAUUAUUUUUUUAAAUACAGCUAUGGCAAAUCUGUAUGUAAAGGCGGUGCCACCGGCGGAUCUGAACAGGAACACGGAGUGGUUCAUGUAUCCAGGUGUAUGGACCACAUACAUACUAAUCUUGUUCUUUUCAUGGCUUCUCGUUCUCUCAGUUUUUGGUUGCUCUCCUGGCAUGGCCUGGACCAUCGUUAAUCUCGCCCAUUUUUGUAUAACUUAUCACUUCUUUCACUGGAAGAAAGGAACGCCAUUUGCAGAAGAUCAGGGGAUCUAUAAUAGGCUAACUUGGUGGGAACAGAUGGACAGUGGAAAGCAGCUCACACGCAACAGAAAGUUCUUAACUGUUGUUCCUGUGGUCUUGUACUUGAUUGCCUCGCACACAACUGACUAUCAACAUCCAAUGCUCUUUUUCAACACGCUUGCAGUAGCAGUGCUUGUUAUUGCCAAGUUUCCAAAUAUGCACAAGGUUCGGAUCUUUGGAAUCAAUGCAGACACGUGAGUUGGGCUUGUGCUAAAAUCGUUUGUCAUUUAAAAGCCAUUGUCCAGUGAUCCAUCCGCCCCUCUGCUCUGCUGAAAGGUUAUCUCUGUAUAGAAGUCAGAACUGGAAGGAUAUUUGCACAUGUAAUGUUUUUUGCUGCCUACUUUUACAAGUUCUCUCUCUAGAUAACAGAAAGAAUAAAUGUAUCUGAGUUAAUCUUUUUGUACAGUAUAUGUAUCUUUGGUUAUUACAUUGUUGUGGUUGGGUUGUUACAUAUUUUAUCAGUUAUAUCAUUGUCACACCUACUUUUAUUUUUA